UGUGUGUUACUUCCAGUUGCUGCUUGCCAGUGCCAUCUCAUAUGCUUCAGCAUGAGUGAGGAGCAUGUACGCGAGGAGCAGCUGCGAGAAGCUGCUUGUGUUGGUGAUCUGAAGGCACUGAGGGAGCUCAUGCAAAAUGGUGUCAACGUCAACUCAAAGAAUGCUGUCAAUGGCUGGUCUGCCCUGCACUGGGGAUGCAAGCGGGGCCGGCUGGAGGCCGUCCGGAUUCUGCUGGACGGCGGCGCCGACAUCACGGCCAACAACAACGCCGGCCAGGUGCCGGCCCAGCUCACCAGCAACUCCGACAUCCUGCGGCUGAUGGGUGUGGAGGUGGCGAACGGCGCGGAGGUGCGGUCCGAGCCCCCCUCCGAGCCCACCUUCACACCGUCCUACAUCACCUACCCGGCCACGUCCGUCGACCUCGCGCCCAGCCGGCUGCACGGCGGCGACGGGGGCGCCGCGGAGCCAGCGGCACCUAACGGCGUGCCGGAGAGACGGCCGCCGGCCGAGCUGGGCGCCGCCUGCCGGCUCUGUCACUGCCAGCGGCUCCGGCCCGCAAAGGGCGUCGUUCCCGACGACGAGCUGGUGUUGAAAGUGCGGGUGGCCGGUGUGCCGGACAACGCAGACUUUAUCGAGCUGGAGAUGUCAACGGCUGAGCUGACGAUGGACCGGCUGCUGCGCGAGUGCUGCCGAGAACUGAACAUCGAGGGACAGGUGAUCGACCGGGUACGGAAGCUCCCGAACACGAUCCUGCGCCGCGACCGGGACGUGCGCCGGCCUCACCGACUACCAGGAGCUGGAGCUGGUGCUGCGACGACAGCCGCCGCGUCGCUCGGCUCGUACCGAAUGCCUGAUCGCCCGCCUGUCGUGUGA